AUGGCCAGAGAGGAAUGCAAGGCGCUGCUAGACGCGCUCAACAAGACCACCGCUUGCUACCACCAUUUGGUGCUGACCGUCGGCGGCUCAGCGGACUCACAGAACCUGAGGGAGGAACUACAGAAGACCCGCCAGAAGGCGCGGGAGCUGGCGGUGACCACUGGUGCCCGGCUGACUGUUGCGCUGCGCAACCGGGGUCUGGCCGCGGAGGAUCGCACGGAAUUUGAGCGCCUCUGGGUGGCCUUCUCUGGUUGUCUGGACAUACUGGAAGCCGACAUGCAACGCGCACUGGCGCUGGGAGCCGCGUUCCCGCUGCAUACGCCUCUGCGGCCGCUUGUGCGCACCGGUGUAACUGGUGAUUCCUCCCGGGUAGCAGCGCGCGCCUUGAGCGCCCGCAGCCUAAGUCACCAGGCUGAACGCGACUUUGACGUCUCAGAUCUGAAGGAGUUGGAGCGCGAGGUCCUUCAGGUGGGAGAGAUGAUCAACGACAUGGAAAUGAAAGUCAAUGUACCGCGUUGGACAGUACAGGCCCAGCAGACCGCGGGCGCCGAACUACUGUCCAGUAACAGCAUGGGCGCCUCCUCCGUCGGCGCCGUGUCUGUAGAAGAGCGCUCGAGAUCCUGCAACCCCAGCAAGGCCUUGGCUGCUACUCUUUUCAGCGCCGUGCUGCUGGCGGCUGUGGCCCUAGCCUUGAGCGUGGUAAAGCUAGGUUGA